UCACGGAUGUCUCCUCACAAAUAAGCAAGGCUGAGACAUGCGCACGCGCGUGUUGCAUUCAUGCGCACAUCCUCAUACCUUAUAAUUUCAAAUCAAACUAGAACGGGCACUCGGUAGAGCGCAUACCUUCGUAUAUCACAAUAUUGGGCAUUGAAUUAUGAACAUGUUGGCAUUAGUUGCAUGCCAAUUGGAUACAAAUUGACCAUGCUAUGGUAAAAAGAAGAUGUUGACCUUUCCAUGACCUUGACCUUUGACCCGAUUGAUCCCAAAAUCUAAUCAUAAAUGGUCCCCGGAUAAUAACCAAACAUCCCACCAAAUUUCAUGCGAUUCAAGAAGAUUUUGACCUUUUCAUGACCGUGACCUUUGACUCGAUCGAUCCCAAAAUCUAAUCAAAUGGUCCCCGGAUAAUAACCAAUCAUCCCACCAAAUUCCAUGUGAUUCAAGAAGAUUAUGACCUUUUUCAUGACCUUGACCUUUGACCCGAUCGAUCCCAAAAUCUAAUCAAAUGGUCCCCGGAUAAUAACCAAUCAUCACACCAAAUUUCACGCGAUUCGGUUCAAUACUUUUUGAGUUAUGCGAAUAACACGCAUACAAAUAAAUACGCGGCGAUCAAAACAUAACCUUCCGCAUUUUCAAUGUUAGGGUAACAAUGAAAAAAAGAAGCACCUGAACGUCUCAUGCGGAGUCGGAGCAGCAGGCAGACGGGGGCCGUGACGUCAUCGUGCUACGUGGAAACAACAGGAAGUAGCGAGCGGCAGGCUAAUGGGGCGACCAAAACAAACCAUGACGGCGGAGCAGAGGGAGCCGAAAGAAGCCCGGGUCGGUUCGCGUUUGACCGCCGUGGAGUUCUGGAUGCGGUGUUAAGAGAUACCUGUACGUCUACGCGAGAAAUGACUCGGUACUGAACGCCAACCGGCGAGUGCGCGAGCGGUGUCCGGACCACUCGAUGCCGUCCCUUCUUCACAGUGACGCUACAGCUAGCUGUCAACAGCGCGUAGCUGGCUGUCAACAACGCGUUCCUGGGCACCACGACCUUUAAUAUAAGUACUGUUGAGGUUGAGAGGGGGAAAACAUAUGAAGACGGUGUCGGUGACUUUGCGUGGUGACGUUAAAUUCCCGCGUAACAUCCGUUUGACAACUCUGCGAGAGCUAGCUUAGCUGCGUUAGCCUCACGAGCCCAACAUGAGUUGGUUCAACGCGUCUCUGUCCAGCUUCGCCAAACAAGCUUUAACCACAGCUCAGAAGUCAAUCGACCGAGUUCUGGACAUCAAAGAAGAGGACCAGUGGGGUAACACCGUUGUACUGCCCUUCGACGACGUCACAAUACCUGGGAAGCUGUCUCUGAGCGGAGGAUGGGGAAUGACGCAGUGGGAAGCGCCCCCUGAGGAGAAGACCGCCUCGCCUCCUCCAUCCUCCGAGGCCAUCACCACGCCCGUCACCCGCACGGUCGUGGACGAAUCCGAGAACUUUUUCACCGGCUUUCUGCCUCCCGGAGACGUGCAAGGUGUCGCCGACGCCCAGGUGGUGUCCGUGCCCCCUGCUAAGUCUCAGAGGACGCCUCGGGAGAAGGGGAAGGACACCGGCGAAGAAGCGGAGGCUCCGAUGCCGGCGCCUGCUGACGAGGGUCUCGGGAAUCAGACGGUCGCUGAGAGGCAGCCCGAGUCGCCCAAUUUAGACGCUGUCCUCCUGCAGCCGUUUUUCCCAUCUCCUCCCGGCGACCCCGACAGCGACGAGAGCUGUGAAACCCCAGACGCUGGCUCUGCCGACGCAAACGCGGAGCCCUCGCAGACUCCGUCAGACCGGCAGAUUGAGCCGGAUCCCGCGGAUUCACCGCCAGAACCCGCCGCUGUCGCUCCUGAACCCGAGAGCGCCGCACCUCGCGAUCCUUCGCCCUCCCCGCCCUCUCGGGAAGUCCUCGUCGAGCCGAAAGACUCAAAGGGGGAGGACCGCCAAAGCGAUACCCCCUCUCCGCCGGUCAGCGCUUCCUCCUCGGGAACCUCCACCACGAGUGACAUCGAAGUGCUCGACCACGAGUCCGUGUUGAGCGAGAGCUCCGCCAGCUCCAGGCAAGAAACGGGGGAGGGCAAGGCUGGCCUCCACCUCAUGCAGGGCUCCUUCCAGCUUCUCACCGCCUCCACCUGCGAAGAUUUCCCCCGUCUGGACGACUAUUCCAAGCUCACGGAGAGCUGCGGCUCGUCUUCGGACGCGUUCGAACGCAUCGACUCGUUCAGCGUGCAGUCGCUGGACAGCCGGAGCGUCAGUGAGGUGAACUCGGACGACGACGUCCCCGGCAGUCGGACGCUCGCGUCUGUCACUGCGGGACCGCCUCCUUCAGCGGUCUGCCAGAAGCAGGAGGAUGGCGUGGUGGAGAAUGAAGGCGAGGAGGAGGAGGAAGAAGAAGAAGAAGAAGAGGGCUUCACUGAAACCACGAGGGAGCAGUCGCCGGAUGAGAUGGAGGAGAGCGGACGGAGCGCGACGCCCGUCAACAGCGAGCCGCCGGAGGAGUUGACGGAACGGGAAUCUGAGGCUCACGUCACGCUCUCUGGGCCCGCCUCCUUUGCCGAGGAGCGGAUCUCUCCGCCAAUCACAGAAGAGAUGAAGAGCGUCUCCACGGUUCAGAUUCUGGAGCUUCGAAAGGUCAUUGACGAGCUGUCAGGCCGCCUUGAGAAAAGAGAGUCUCAGCUGCUGGCGGUCAGCAAAGACAAAGCCAGACUGGAGGAGAAGUGUGACAAUCUCAAAGAUGAAGUGAUCAGCCUGAAAGAGGAGAGCUCCGCUGUCCAGUCCCUCAAGGAUGAGUUCACGCAGCGCAUAGCGGAUGCAGAGAGGAAGGCUCAGCUGGCAUGCAAAGAACGAGACAUCGCCAAGAAGGAAAUAAAAGGCCUGCAAGAAGAGCUUUCGACGAGACUUCACUCCAGUGAUACGCUGGAGAUCAUCAGAGAGAAGGAAGAGCAGAUCAAAGGCCUGCUGGAAGAAGGCGAAAAGUUGUCAAAGCAGCAGCUGCAGCACGGCAACAUCAUCAAGAAGCUGCGCGUGAAGGAGAAGGAGAGCGACACGAGGGUCGCCCGGCAACAGAGGAGAAUCAAGGAGCAGGAGGAGGAGCUGCAGCAGCUGCAGCAGAUUCUAGAUGGGAAAGAAGAGGUGGAGAAACAGCACCGGGAGAACAUCAAGAAGCUGAACGCGGUGGUGGAGCGGCAGGAGAAGGAGCUGAGCCGGCUGCAGACAGACUCCGAGGAGCUGCAGGAGAAGAACAGGAGCGUCCAGGCUGCUCUGGACAGCUCCUACAAGGAGCUGGCGGUGCUUCACAAGGCUCACGUCAGCAGGACGAGCGAGGCGGAGGAGGCGUCCCUGAGCCGGCAAACGCAGGCCAAGGAGCAGCUGAGCGUGGCUCUGGAGAAGGCCCAGGAGGAGGCGCGGCUGCAACAAGAGGCGCUGGCCAAUCAGGUGGCUGACCUGAGGGUGGCCCUGCAGAGGGCUGAGCAACAGCAAGCAAGAAAAGAGGAUUAUUUGAGGGAGGAGAUCAAGGAGCUGCAGCAGAGGCUUCAGGAGGCGGAUACGAGGAACCAGGAGCUCAGUCAGAGCGUUACCGCGGCAACACGACCCCUACUGCGACAGAUUGAGAACUUGCAGGCCUCAAUGGGCGGACAGACGGCAUCCUGGGAGAAACUGGAGGAGAACAUUUCAGACAGGCUGGCCGAUGCCCAGGCGCAGCUGGCGGUCGCCGUGGAGAAGGAGCGAUCGGCCACCGAAGACCUCCUGUCCAUCAAGUCCCAGCUGGUCUCUCUCGAGGCCCAGAACUCCCUGUUGCGCCAGGAGAAGGCCCGACUCCUGGCUCAGGUGGAUGCUGAGAAGAGCAAGCGAGAGAAACUCGAGGACGAGAGCAGCAGGGAGCACGUUGAUUUGGAGAAUCUGCGAGGAGAACACGUCCGCUUGCUAGAAGAGGCCAAGAAGGAAAAGCUGCUGCUAAACAAUCAAUUAGAGAUGGUGAAGAUGAAGGUGGAGCAAGAGAAGAAGAAAUGCUACCUGGCACACGAGGCACUCAAGGAAAAGGAGCGGAGGACCAUGACCCGCUCUGUCGGGGAGCCUCCAGCCUCCUCCACACCAUCGCUGUCCCGCUCGAGCUCCAUCAGUGGGGCAGACAAUGCUGGUCUGCACACCUCUCUUCUCUCACAGGAUGACUAUUCGGACCACUCUCUGGGUACCAUGACCAUGUCGAUGUCGAUGAGCGGGACCAACCUCUACGAGGCCGCCCGGCUGUCCGGAGGCUCCAGCAUCCUGGAGAACCUCCAGUCUCAGCUCAAGCUCCGAGAAGGGGAGAUAACACAACUGCAGUUUGAGAUCUCCAGUCUGGAGAGGAGUCGUUCCGUGAUGGCGGAGGAGCUGGUCAGACUCACCAAUCAGAACGAUGAGAUGGACGAGAUGGUGCAGGAGAUCCCCACGUUGAAAGUUCAACUCAUGGAACUGGAGCAGAGGCACAACACUAUCCUGCAGAUGUAUGGAGAAAAGGCUGAAGAGGCAGAGGAGCUGCGAUUGGACCUCGAAGAUGUGAAGAACAUGUUCAAAACCCAGAUUGAUGAAUUGCUGAAGAACCAGAAAUAAACCCGUUUGUAACUGUUACUUUUGGGGACUCACAAACAAAUCAUUUGACCUUCUUGGCCACACAUGCAUUCACCAGGAAAAUAAUAUCCAGACAAUUUAGUUUCAUCACUGUCAAAAGAAAAUUCCGAUCUUGUAUCUAUUUUAUUUUAAUUAAUUCUCACAUGCUAUAUUUUAGAGUGGAUGUUAGGAUUAUGCAUAACAUACAAUAUAUUCUUACAGAAUCAGUAUGAAGGAUAGCCACAGUUGAUCAUUCAGGUGUAUGGACUUUGCUUUUGGCGUAAUAUCAUAUGUUUAAAGUAUUGUAUAAACCGUGUACAACUGUU